AUGCCCUGCCGGAGAGCCGUAGCAGCCGCCGCGGCAACGGAGAAACUUAAAACACUCGUGGAGCUGGUCUAUCGCGGUCGACCAGCAGUCAGUUGCAGCACUGGCGCCGAACUGGUGACCCUUCUGGCCACUUCCACCAACGCCAAACGCAAAUCCAAGUCCAAGGAUGUCGGUCAGAAUCAGGCAGGUCGCCUUCUCCUCCUUGAGGUAAAUGAGAAGAGCCUCCGUCUCAGGAAAGCGAAGAGAAAUUCGAAAGCAACCCUGGACUCCAGUCGGGGCGGCCGAACAGUGAAACGCCUCAAAGUAUCCAAGCUAACUGCUUGUCGUCAGUUGCACGACGUGGGCGCCUUGGGCAGCAACCUGCUCCUUUUACAAUUCGGAACGGGUAGCAGCAGCAGCAGCAGUGGACCGGCCAAGAAACCCCACGAGGUUCUGGUUCUGCGUUUCCAAGACACCCAGGUUAUGACGCAGUUGCAAAACCUGGUUCGUGGAGUCAGGGAGGACGGUGGGCCAGUGGACACUCGACCUAUGACUAUCGAGGAGACCGGAGAGAAAGGGCAGACGGAGGGGGAACGGCGGGAAGAGAAGGAACCGGGGUCGGCUGUGUAUAUUUGGCGUCGUGAAGGGAGCGGACGACGCUCACGGUACUGUUCACCCGUGCGGCAGGGCGGGGCGGACUUGCGAGAGGUGCUCUACAUGAAGCGCAUCAACUUCGCCGCGACAAACCGAGAACCGAGCAUGGAAUAUACACGUGUGAGCGUCUUCUCCGAAGCACCCUUCGACUUUCCGACCAGCCUUUUAACAGUCUCUUCCACCACUUCCUCAUCUUCCUCCUCACUGUCAGUUCCAUCACCCCCCAGCCCACAUGUGAAACCCAAAGUGGUAAUGUGA